AUGAAAACAACUCUCGCCAUUUGUUUAUUCCUCGUUGUCAUCAGCAUGAUGGUCAACUUGUCCUACGAAAUAAGAAAUGCAAACUGUCCAAUGGUCAAAUGUGCUCGUUACUGUCGUCACGGUUAUGAAUUAAACGCUAAAGGUUGUCAAACAUGUACAUGUGUCGAAGAAGAAGUUGCAUUGAGUGAUAUUUCUCAACAAUUGGUCACUGGUGUUUGUAAUAAGAGAAUGUGUAGAAUGUACUGUCCAAAUGGUUUCAAAGUUAAUGAACUUGGUUGUCCAGUUUGUGCUUGUAAACCAGCAGUUGCUUGUGCUCAACUUUACUGUUUUAGACAUUGUGAAAAUGGUUAUCUUUUGGAUGAGAGAGGAUGUCGUACAUGUGGAUGUGUUGGUGAACAAAAUUAAAUAUCAUGACACUAAAUUUUACAAUGAAAUAUUUUGUUGUUUAAUA